AUGGCAACUACAGCGGUUGUGACUCCAGACUCCUCCCAUGAUAAAACCAGCCGCUUAUAUUUGGUUACCUGGAUCAACAGCCUGCUGAAGACAGACUUCAAAGAUGUGCGGGAGAUGGGCUCAGGUGCAUGUCACUGUCAGAUCAUGGACUGGGUUAUUCCUGGCUCUGUUGACAUGACCGAGGUGAAGUUUGAUGCACAAAGUGAGGAUGACUGUAGGCACAACUUCAGUCUCCUCCAAGAGGCCUUCAGCAAGAGCGGUAUCACAAGGACCAUUCCAGUUGAGGAGCUUAUAAAAGGGGAUUUUCAAAGCAACUUUGAGAUCCUGAAGUGGUUCAAAGUUUUCUACAUAGAAAAUGUGAAAAGUAAAGAAUACGACCCUUUGAAAGCUCGGUACAGCCAUGAUAUCAGCCCUAUUGUGUCAUCUCCACAACUGCGUAAGUUUAAUUUCACAUUUUCUUUCAAGAGCUCUAAAUUGGGAUCAGAAGCGGAAGAGAAUGGCACUGAAACGACUAAAAAAUUCCCUUACAAUGAAGAGUGGAGGGAUAUUUAUGAUUGGGCUGAACGUAGUACUCUUGGAGAGCACUAUACCUACUGCCACACUUGUGCCAGAAACCUGAACACAUUUCAUAAAGGCCUCAUUGAACUAAGGCGACAUGUGGAAACAAACAAACACAAGAAAGGGGCUGAAAUUUCCAAGAGGGCUAGCCUGCAAAGCCAACACUCUGAACUGCCCUGUAGUGACGCAGCUAUCCGAUUUAUUCGCAAACACUAUCACAAUGGCUCUGCUAAAGGUGAAGAAGUGUCUAGACAUUUUGCGCGCUGCAAGCUGGGGCUGCAGUACCCCAAAGAUAUUAUAUCUGUUUGCCACAACACUCCUUACUGUGUAUACAUUUAUGGAGGGGUAACAGUGGGAAAGGAUGACACCAUGUCUGUGGUCCUUGUUGGGUUUUUUGAUGUCGAAGCCUGCAAGCACUGCAUCCGGUUUCUGGAUGCUCUUCAGUCAGUGGAUGGUGCAGGAGAUCAAACCGCUGUAGCAGUGGGGGAGACCUUGAAGAGAUUUGGGUUACACACAGAUAACCUUGUUGCUGUUUAUUUCGAUGGCGAAGCUGUGGCCUCCGCGCAGAUUUGCUCGCAGCUCAGGGAACUCAACCCGAACAUAAUAGUCUUAACAGGGCUGUACACCAUCGCUGAUGCUGCUUGCCAUGCUGGGGUUAAGCAGCUCUCCAAUCAGGCUCAUGAGCUGAUAGCAGACAUCCAUGCCCACUACUCCUCCUGCUGUACAGAGAAUGACAACCUCAAGGCUCUUUUUGGCUCAGAUAUCGCUGCAGACAGUCCAUCAUUUUAUAUCAACACCAGCUGCCUUAACUUUUGCUUAUUAGUGACACAAAUCUUGGAAAUAUGGACUGAUCUUAUAUUGUACUUCAGCUCUUGUGACAACAAUGAUGAGAAAGCCAAAUUAAUCUGCCUACAGCUACAGGAUCCUAAGGUCAGGGCAACAUUUAUGUUCCUGGAGCAGGCCUUAAAGCCGUUGCACAAUUUCCAAAGGCAUCUUCAAACAAAGGAGGGAGUUCCCCGAGCUGAUUUGCUGCUCAUCCUAGAAGACGCCAGUAACCUGCUAUGCACCUACACCUCCUACUUCCUUCAUCCUCAAGCUGCUGUUCGCUUCCACAAGGAACAAGAUGCCCAAAUCCUUAAGAACAAGAAAUUCCACCUGUCAAGCCCUGAACUCAGUCUGGUUGGCAAACCCGUGGAAGACUUCCUGAAUGAGUCUCAGGCUGCAGAGGCACUGCCACUGUUAAAAGAGGAGGUGUUGUCUUUUUACAUCGCACUCACAGGUUGCAUUGCAGAGGAGCUGCCUCUAAGUUAUGAGUUGCUAAGGAGCAUAGCUCAGCUGCUGAACCCCCAGAGCAGGCUGAAAGUGACAGGGAAAGCAGUAGGGGAGCUUGGGACCAAGCUGGGAAUCUGCAGCUCCCCUGAGGAGCACAACCAGCUCACACGUGAAUUCCUUGAGUAUCAGCUGGCUGAGGAGGGGGAGAGUGAAGAAGGAGAGAAGGACCACUCAGCAGAUGUUUUACUGGAGAAACACUGGGCCAGCGUACUGAGGAACACCAAGCUGACAGUCUUCAGAAAGCUAAUUCUGGCCCUGUUGUCCCUCCCCUGUCCACCACUUGAUGCUCAGCAAGUUUUUACUCAGGUAUGUAAAUGCAGGAGCUCUGCGUUGUUUUCUGAGAGUGAAGCCUUAACAGAAAGUGAGUGUGAUGCCAUGUCUGACAGCGCUCUGUCUAACAGCAACCGCAACAAAGACUUCCCAGUUCACACUAAAGAACUGAAUGGCCUUAAUGUGAGAGUGAAGCCGUGUGAAGUCCGCCUUACAAAGAUAAAUAGGCUAGUGAAUGAAUAUGACGGUAUACCUGGAGAGAAUGGUGCCUUUUCAAAAGAGGGGGCCAGUAGGGGAUGUUAUGGCUGGGAGAGCAGUUUGCGCCAGAAGCCACAGGCCCGUACAGUGUUUCAGGCUGGUGCUAGCACCUGGUCCAAACCCGUAGGUCUUGAUAAGGACAGCAAAAAGGGUCUGGAGUCCCAAGAUGAGGUGGUAGAAGAGUCAUCACCAUCCAGUAAAUCCACACCAAGAGGACGUCGGAAACACGCCUACCAGGAUGGGAAAGGGUUUCUGAUAGGGGAGCUGGUGUGGGGGAAAGUGAAGGGGUUUUCCUGGUGGCCUGGGAUGGUGAUGCCUUGGAAAACCAAGUCAGCACCCCUGGGCAUGCGGAGGGUGGAGUGGUUCGGAGACGGGAUGUUCUCUGAGAUCUAUACGGAGUGUUUACAGGCAUUCAGUGCCUUCACUAAGUGCUUCUGCAAAAAUUCCUUUGCGAGUUUGCCCAUCUACAAGGAAGCCAUCUACCAAAUUAUUGAGUUGGCAGGUGAGCGAUCUGGGAAGUCUUUUGCUGAGGCGAUAGGAAAUAAAGAAAAAGAGCUGAAGUUGAUGCUGGACUGGGCUUUUGAAGGAUUUCUGCCUACAGGACCUGAAGGAUUCGUACCUCCUGAUUCUGCUGCACAUGUUGAUUCUUCUGACUCUGCCCUGUCUGACUACCAGCCCCCAGCAAAAAGGAAAUAUGUUUUUAAAAAUAAGGCAAAUGCACCUGUCAUCACCUAUAGCAAAGAAUCAAUUAUAGAAAAGGUCAAAGAGAAAGGCAAAAAAAUUGAAGAUUUUUGUUUGUCUUGUGGAUCAUCUGACAUUGAAGUGCAACACCCAUUGUUUGAAGGUGGUCUUUGUCUAAAAUGCAAGGAAAACUUCACAGAAACCCUGUAUCGCUACGAUGAAGAUGGCUACCAGUCGUACUGCACCGUGUGCUGUGCCGGCUCAGAGGUCAUUUUGUGUGGCAACGCCAGCUGCUGCAGAUGUUUCUGUAAGGACUGUCUGGACAUCCUGGUGGGCCCAGGAACCUUUGACAAGCUGAAAGAUGUUGAUCCCUGGAGCUGCUACAUGUGCAAGCCGUCACAGUGUGAAGGAAACCUCAAACUCAGACCAGACUGGAGCGUUAAGGUUCAAGACUUCUUUGCCAACAACAGUGCCAUGGAGUUUGAGCCUCACAGAGUUUACCCUUCCAUCCCGGCUGAUCAGCGAAGACCAAUCAAGGUGCUCUCACUUUUUGACGGCAUCGCAACAGGAUACCUGGUGCUCAAAGACCUGGGACUCAAGAUGGAGCGCUACAUUGCUUCAGAGAUUUGUGAGGAUUCGAUCGCUGUGGGGAUGAUCAAGCAUGAGGGAAAGAUCGAAUACGUCAAUGAUGUUCGCACCAUCACAAGGAAACAUCUGGCUGAAUGGGGUCCAUUUGAUCUUCUGAUUGGAGGCAGUCCAUGUAACGACCUGUCCAUGGUCAACCCUCUUCGAAAAGGAUUAUUUGAGGGCACUGGAAGGCUCUUUUUUGAGUUCUACCGCAUUCUGACCUUGUUGAAGCCAAAGGAGGACGACGACCGUCCGUUCUUCUGGUUGUUUGAGAACGUGGUUUUCAUGAGUGCCAAUGACAAAUCAGACAUCUGUAGAUUCCUUGAGUGUAAUCCGAUUCUCAUUGAUGCAGUGAAAGUCAGUCCUGCUCACAGAGCUCGCUACUUUUGGGGAAACCUCCCCGGCAUGAACAGGCCUCUCGCUACAUCUUUAGAUGACAAAGUGGCUCUCCAGGAUUGUUUGGAAGUCGGACGCAUGGCGAAGUUUGACAAAGUCCGCACCAUCACAACAAAGUCUAACUCCAUAAGGCAGGGGAAGAUGGGACCGCUACCUGUCACCAUGAAUGGCAAGGAGGACUACCUGUGGUGCACUGAAAUGGAACAGAUCUUUGGUUUCCCCAAACACUACACAGAUGUGAACAACAUGGGCCGGAUGCAAAGGCAGAAAGUCCUGGGUCGUUCCUGGAGUGUCCCUGUUAUUCGUCACCUCUUCGCCCCGCUGAAGGAUUAUUUUGAAUGUGAAUAGCAACUCUGAUGUGAAUCUUCAUG